AUGCCACCACUACUCUCACAAGAGCAGCGACAGAGGAGAUGGGCCCCGAAAGUUAGAACUGGGUGCAAGACUUGCAACUGCGGGAUCCGACGAAAACGCUGCGACGAAGGGAAGCCAUAUUGUAUGAGAUGUGUGAAAGACAAAUUCCGUUGUGAUGGAUACGAACCGCCGAAGACCUGGUUGUUUGAGCCAUCUCACAAAGACAAGAGCGGCCUCCUUGAGCCAGAUGCCCGUUCGUUGCAGCCAUUGUGGCCAAAUAACCCUGACUAUGAUGGCUUUCGGACAGAUGACAAGUCUCUUACAUCCCCAGCGACGUCCAGCAAUAGCAAUCGGGCUUUCACCCAACUCUCCAGAUUGCUUCUCGAACCCUCGAGUCCAUGGACAACGGAUGUGGACCAAAGCUACACCCAGCUCUUCCUCCUUAAGACAGCUCCUCUUCUUUCUUCUACUAGAAGGUGGCACCACUUCUGGAGAUUCAUUAUCCCUCAAGCUGCUUGGGAGAACCCAUCAGUCCAUCAUGGAAUGGUGGCGGCUGCAGCGACUUUUGACUCCUAUCUAUCCGGCGCUGAUCACACCGCUUUGAUAUUGGAACAGAGGGCUCAGGCUAUCCGUGCAUUCACAUAUCGACCUCCUUCAUGGGAUGUCGCGUUGAUCGUCUGUCGAUUGUUCUCCUCGAUGGCUCAAUGCAACGAGGAUUUCAAAACCGCUAUGGUGCACAUGAAAAGCGGAGAGAAGAUGCUCAGGGAAGCGAUACAAAAUGGACAGACCCGGUCUGAAAUUGUUCGGUUAAUGGACGCGACGUUUAUGGGUCUGUCGGUCGAUGCAAAUAAUGAUGUAAAUGUCAUCAAACGAUUCCCUCCGGCAAAGCGCCGUGCUUUUCUCAAGCUCAAGAAUAUGGGUUCCGACUAUGCAAGGCUUCUACGGCGAAUAACGCAAGAGCACCACCGUGUCAUCGAAACUCCGACGCUUGGAUUCCUAUCAAUCGCUUCCACCACGAUGAACCAAGCGAUCAGCUCUACCAUGUACCCGGACAUAUUAGUGUUUUCUGGAGAUGAUGGAAUCGUCCCCGCAGCGGAGAUCCGCACUCAGUUGGCGCGGGAGGAUUCUGUGUUAAGUCUUGACGACAUGACAAAGAUGUAUCCAUCUUUAUUCUGUGGGCUAGAGGAAUAUUUCGAAGCGCAGGGUGUGGCCAGAGUUGCUCCCAUGCCAUCGUCUCUCGGCGACCUGAAGAAGCGACUUAAAGCGUUCGUGGAUAACUACGUCGUACGAGCAUUAGAAAUCGAGCCCCGAAUGAUGGCUGGCAUGUUCUGGCUCGACGAUGAAGCAAUUCCGGGGUGCUUGAUGGACAAUCACCUUGGUCGGCCUCAGAUUGGCAUUAGCCCAUCUCUCGGUCAAGAGCGUGCUUCCCGUCCGGAAGACCCUGUUCUACGCGAGAGAAGACAGUACUACCAUGAGGAUGUCUGUCAGUACAGGAGCGGCUUUAUGUGCUGA